AUGGCCAGCGGAUCAGCAUAUCUCCAACCAUACUACUCCCGGCUGGAGGAAGAGACCUCGGUCAUCGAAGAAAGCCUGGCGAAUAUCACAACAGCCAUCCUCCACGCGCAUACUUCGAAAGACCCCCAAGGGUACGACGUUAUCCGAGCUCACUGCCAUAUCGGGCUUCAGGUACAUCACGCACUACUGGAACCCAUCCCAUCAACAACCAAUCUGGAGGCUCAUCUGGCCGUGGUGAACGACAUUAGAGCGGCAUCGUCCGGGCUGAAUGUCAAGUCGUACAACUAUUCACCUUUGGUGUCUGAGGAUAAACGACGAGCAGUGGUCUGGUUUACGACUCCCGGCUCCGGGCUUCCCGGGGACUUUCUGACCAAUCAAGGACGAAGGAAGUCUCCCCGAACCAACCACAAGGGACAGAGCGUAACAUCGCUGCCCAGACUCGAGCCUCUUGAGAGCCUCAGUCAGGGAUCGGCCGUUGCUGGAAGUGACAAGAUCCCGCUCGUUGUAGUCCAGCCGGACAACCCAUCAGCCGAAGUUGGAAGCCAUGGUCGGCUACAAGACCGCAUGCGGGCGACUCCGAAAAAGCGAAUGCGAACCAGCGUCUAG